UUUUCCUUGGGCUCGAUGACGGCUGCAAUCUUCUUUGUGGCCUAUGGGUUACAGGUACAGUGUUUGAAAAUGGCUGCGAGUGAAGGUACAGCAAUCGAGCAAAGUGGCAGCUUAAAUCAGACAGAUGGAUACGAGAAAAAAUGUAUAUUCUGUAAAAUUGUCAAUAAAGAAGUUGACACUGAAGUAAUAUAUUUCGACGAAGAGUUGGCUUGUUUUAAAGACAUAAAACCAGGGGCACCGCAUCACUACCUUGUUGUGCCCAUGAAACACAUUGGGAACUGUAAGAGUCUCAAAAAGGAUCAUGCACCAUUAGUGGAGAAGAUGGUGGAAGUUGGAAAAGCAAUGCUGCAGAAGAAUGGCAUUACUGACCUGAAUGAUAUCAGGUUGGGUUUCCACUGGCCCCCUUUCUGCUCUGUUACUCACUUGCACCUUCAUGUGCUGGCACCUGCCAGUCUGAUGGGCUUCACAUCCAGGAUAUUUUACAGGCCUGACUCCUACUGGUUCAUUACGGCUGAGCAGCUCUUACAACGGCUGAAUUCCUUCAAUGAAAACACAUGAAGCUCAAUUUUCUUUAUUUGCUCAUGGAACUGCAGUUUAGGGCUGGACUUUAGAAAAGCAUCUGUAUUGCUUAUAGACUUCUUGAAAAUGACAUGCACAUUAAUAAACUGUGACUAGUAUCUCGAACUAUUCAAAACUAAUUUGUCCUUAACUGGACGUACUCAAUAUGACAAUGUUUCAGAACUAGAAAAAAAAUUAAAUCUGUUUCUUGGUACUGCAUUACAAAGCUUUCUCUUUGUAUAAGCUUGCUGUUAAACAGUUGAUCUGUUGAGUAUUUUAAUAUAUUUUAUUUUUUUAUUUUUAAUGUGGUGUUUCUAUGUAUGUGUUCAACAGUUUGAAGUUUUGUUUACUAGAAAUUUGAAAAUAGUAAUUUUUCAAAGGUUCACUCAUACAGUGUGACAUUCAUAGUAGAAUGUGUUCGCUAACAAAUUGUUUUGCUAGUACAGUAAAUACAAAUUGUUUUACUAGUAAAUUGUGCGCACACAACAGCUAGUUCUCACUACAUCUCAUAGCUUAUUUGUGAAUUUAUAUUUAUAUUUUAGAAUUUGUGCUUUUCAAAAGACUAGCAAUCAUACAAAUGAUUGGUUGAUACACUAUGUCCCUCCACAGGUCUGAAACCAUCUAUUUUAUUCAGUUUUAGUAACGGAAGGUAAUGUGACUUACACUACAAAUUUAUUUAUUCACAAUCAAACUAACACAAGAUAUAAUUUGAUUUUACCAGAUAUGUUCUAUAGCACUAUCAAUAGGUUUGAAAUUAAUUUUUAAUUACUAUUGGUCACUUAAUGUUUUGUUAAGCAUUUCAUGAUUUGUUCUCUAAGAUGCAGAAUGAAAACAAUAAAAACUGAUUUUCUGUU